AUGAAGCUGCAAGAGCGCCUGCACAAAAUGGAGAGAGAAAAAGGUAAAGAUAAAGAAAAAAUGUACAAUCAGGUGGAGGAGUUUGUAAGGAUAAGUGCACAACACUUGGAAGCCGAGAAGACCGCAUACCAGGAGGAACUGCAAAGAGCUUUUGAGGCUAGAUUUUCCAGCAGGGUGCAGAAGCAAGGAGAACAAUCUAGCCAGCAAGUUGAGGCAAGAUUGAUUGAGCUAGGUGAAGCCAACUAUAGCCCAUCACUAUCUAAUGGAUCUUUGACAUCUCAGAUACCAUCAUCAAGGGAGCCCAGUGGAGUAGACAAUGAUGAGGAUGAUAAGAUUGGAUUAGUUCAACGUGUAUUCAAGUCAAAAUUUACAGUGGACAAAGACAAAGACUUUGCUGUUCACGAGCCUGCUGCUACAAAAGACAUUAUCACAUUUAAUCAAGGAGAUGGUAAUGCAAGUGGACCAGACGGAGAGGACUUGCAUUUUGAUAUAAAAGGCAAUAAAAAUUCAGAGUGGAACAAUAAAGUCAUCCGGAUUUUAUUUAAGGACUUAAAGGAAGAGAGGGUAGAAUGGUGUCUCCCUGAUGUCCCCAAAAGCUACCUUAUCGACUUGAUCAAUGUGAAAUUCAACAGGGUUAGGACAUAUUGGAAAUUGGCGCAAAGGCAAACCAAGUCUGACGAGCUCAAGACGUGGGAAGAGGUGGAGAACAGGCUGAUAAAGAAACCAGAUGAAAGGUUAAGCAACACUAGAAAACAGGAACAGUGGUGCAAUAAAUUUAAGCGCAGACAAAGAACAUUGACUGCAGUCAUUGAAGUCAAGAAACACAAUGGAGCGCCAGAUAUAGCAGUUUGGAAAUGGUUGGAGGAGCUAGUGAACCAUUUGUUGGAAUUGUCAAGGUCAAAGCCUGGGCCUUGUUAG